AUGGUUAAGGCUAAAAAGGGCAAGAAAGAGAUAGCAACCAGCGCGGUUGGAGGUGUUUCGUCCGGUGAUGAAAUGGACCAAACUGAACUUCAAGAAGCUAACAUCGAUUCCGAUGCCGAGCAGGACAAUGUAAGCCUAAAAAACAAGAAGAAUCAACAAAAAUCGACAAAAAAGAAUAAGAAAAAUCGAAAAGAUUCAGAAGAGGCAGAAGAUGAAGUGGAUAGCAUCACAACUGGUGUUAAGAAGUUAGAAAUGAAAGGAAAGUCCAAAAACAAAGGCAAAUCAAAUCAGAUUGAUUCAGAUGAUGAAGUAGCCGAUGGCAAUAAGGAAGAAGAAGCACCAGCAAAAUCCAAAAAAGGUAAUAAAAAGAAAUCUGCUUUCGAACUACUGGCCGCAGACGACGAUGAUGAGGAUUAUGAAGCUAACCCACCCCAGGAUAUUGAAAUGUUAGAGGAGGAAGAUGAGCCAGUUAAGCAGCCAAAAAAAGAAAACAAAAAUGCCGGUAAAAAAGGUAAAAAAUCCAAAAGGGGAAAAGAUGAUGAAGAAGAUUUAGAUCAAAUCUUAGCAGAACUUCAAGCUGAAUAUGCGGGGGAGACAACAACUACCACCACAAAUGUGGUUGCUCCCGAUGAUUUGGACGACGAGGAAUUUACCAAGAAGAAGAAAAAUAAAGGCAAGCCACAGAAAAGCGCUGUUGAAAUUUCAGCACCUGAAGCAGAUGAAGCUGCUGGUGGUGGUAACGAUGAUGAGGAAGGAGGUACAGUUAAAACCGCUGCACAAAAGAAAAGAGAAAAGAAGGAGCGUCAAAAACGAGAGGCAGCUUUGGCUAAACAACGAGGGCCACCACAAACGAAGUCGGAAGUAGUGGAAAAUGUAGAGGAAAUAACUGAAGCUAUAAAUUUGGCAGAAAAGACUGAAGAUAAAGAGGUUCAACCUCAAUCAGAAGCUAGUGGUGGGGGUAAUGAAGACUCCGGUGCGAUUGCAGAAGAAGAGUCGGGAAAGGAUAAAAAGAACAAGAAGAAAGGUAAAAAGGAUAAAAAGGCCGAAGAUGAAGAACCGAAGAAGGAUAGUAAAAAGAAAGGAAUGUCCGCGGCUAUGGUGGCUGCUAUGCAGGAACGCUUGAAACAAAUUAAAGAGGAAGAAGAGCGACAGCAAAAAUUGGAAGAAGAACGGAUAAAGCAAGAAGAAGAACGUGAGCGGCUUCGUUUGGAAGCCAUAAGACUGGAAGCUGAGCGCAAAGAAAAGAAGAAGCAAAAAGAAGCGGAAAGAAAAGCCCGACUUAAAGCAGAAGGCAAACUUCUUACUAAGAAACAGAAAGAAGAACGAGCAAGAGCGCAAGCGAUGUUAGAAGCUUUGAAAGCCCAAGGACUCGAAAUACCCGAUCCAACUGAGAAGAGGCCAACAAGAUUAGGUACACGCAUUCGUCCAAAGAAGAAAGGACCUGCCAAAGACGAACAAGCUGAAGCUGAAGCCAAAGCUGCUGAGGAAGCCGCUGCAGCUGCAAAUGCCCAACAAGAGUCAUCUGAAAAAAAAGAAGUUAUUAAAGAGUCUUGGGAUGCCAGCGAUUCGGAAGAAGAUGCCAAUGGCGAUGACGAUACAUCCCAAGCUACUACUACUACCACAAAUAAUGACGAAAAGUCCAACAGUGGUGGAGAAGCUGCAGUUUCGGGCACAGCUGGCAAUGCUGCAGAAUCAUCCGAUGAUGAAUCUGAAGAUGAUGAAGAGUCUGAAAGUGAAUCUGAAAGUUCAGCUUCUGAAUCUGAAAAGGAAGAAGCCAUUAAUACGAAUGACGCGGAGGCUCGUCGGCUACGUGCUGAAGCUCGUAUUAUAAAGCGUCAAGAUGAUGCAGAGAAAAGGCGUACUGUAGAUGAUUUGCGCGCCGCUGUAGUAUGUGUACUCGGUCAUGUCGAUACAGGAAAAACAAAAAUUUUAGACAAAUUGCGUCGUACUCAUGUGCAGGAUUCCGAAGCUGGUGGCAUUACGCAACAGAUCGGCGCAACAAAUGUUCCAAUCGAUGCAAUAAAAGAACAAACUAAACCUGUUUAUAAUUCAUCAAGUUUCGAAUUUAAGUUGCCUGGCUUACUGAUUAUCGAUACUCCUGGUCACGAAUCGUUCAGUAAUCUAAGAAAUCGUGGAUCAUCACUCUGUGAUAUUGCUAUUUUGGUGGUAGACAUUAUGCACGGCCUGGAGCCUCAAACCAUAGAAUCAAUUAAUUUACUUAAAAAAAAGAAGUGUCCGUUCAUUGUCGCACUAAAUAAAAUUGAUCGAUUAUAUGAUUGGAAGGUGAUGGCUCGUCGAGACGUUCGUGAUGUUCUAAAGGAACAACAAGCCAAUACACAGCUUGAGUUCAAGCAACGUUCGAAGGAUGUAAUUCUCCAGUUUGCUGAGCAAGGUCUAAAUGCUGCACUUUUCUAUGAAAAUCCUGAUCCGAAAACAUAUGUUUCAUUGGUUCCAACCAGUGCAAUAACUGGCGAGGGUAUGGGCAAUUUACUGUUUCUUAUUGUGGAGUUUUGCCAAAAGAUGUUGCCGAAACGUUUAAUGUACUCAGAAGAGCUGCAGGCAACAGUAUUGGAAGUUAAGGCUAUUCCAGGUCUUGGCACCACUAUCGACGCGAUUUUAAUAAAUGGCAAACUUCGGGAAGGUCAAACAAUGAUAUUGGCGGGUACAGAUGGGCCAAUCGUUACUCAAAUACGUUCGCUUCUCAUGCCUCAACCAAUGAAAGAGUUGCGUGUAAAGAACGCCUAUAUUGAACACAAAGAAGUAAGGGCUGCCCAAGGUGUUAAAAUUGCAGCAAAGGAUUUAGAAAAGGCUAUUGCUGGAAUUAAUCUGCUCAUAGCACACAAACCGGAUGAAGUGGAAAUUUGCAAGGAAGAAGUUGCGAAAGAUCUAAAGAGCGCUUUAAGUCAUAUAAAACUUGCGCAAACUGGUGUGUAUGUGCAAGCUUCCACUCUGGGCUCACUAGAAGCUUUGCUAGAGUUCUUAAGAACGUCUAAAAUUCCGUAUUCUGCCAUUCGAAUUGGCCCGGUUGUGAAGCGUGAUGUGAUGAAAGCCUCGACUAUGCUCGAACAUGAGCCGCAAUUUGCAACAAUUUUGGCUUUCGAUGUGAAAGUGGAGCGUGAAGCGCAGGAGAUGGCCGAUUCGUUGGGUGUGAAAAUAUUCCAAGCUGACAUUAUUUAUCAUCUGUUUGACAAGUUUAUGGCCUACCGUGAGGAGCUGAAGCAGAAGAAGCGCGAGGAAUUCCGUUCGAUUGCCGUCUUUCCAUGCAAACUUAAGAUCCUGCCUCAAUUUAUUUUCAACAGUCGCGAUCCCAUAGUAAUGGGUGUGAUGGUGGAGAACGGUAUUGUCAAAGUCGGUACACCGAUUUGUGUACCCAGUCAAGAGUUUGUUGACAUUGGCAUUGUUACAUCCAUCGAAUCCAAUCACAAGCAAAUAGAAAGUGCUCGAAAGGGACAAGAGAUUUGCAUAAAAAUCGAGCCGAUUCCCGGUGAAUCGCCAAAAAUGUUCGGGCGUCAUUUCGACGCGGACGAUAUGCUUGUGAGCAAGAUAUCACGUCAAAGCAUCGACGCCUGCAAGGACUAUUUCCGCGAUGAUCUAAUAAAGGCUGACUGGUCACUCAUGGUUGAACUGAAGAAGCUUUUCGAAAUUUUAUAAGCUUACAAAGCAAAGCGCAUACACCAUAUUUAAAAGUAGUAAAUUAAAUCAACAAAAAAUGUACUGCAAACAGAACAAUUGAAAACACGCAAAAAAAUGGCGAAAGAAUAAAAAAAUAAGAAAAUAAACAUAAUCAAUAUGCAACUACAGCGCAACACAUUAAGAGACAAACAAAAACAAA